CCGAUGAUGACGCCAUCAACUCAAACAAACAAACAGUCGAGCGAACAGUUCAGAGCUUGAGCUAUUAAAAGAAGUUAUAAUUAUCUAAGUAAGUACGUAAAGCCCUAAGACCCACUCAACAUGUGUCUGGACAUUUUGUGUUGCUGUAUCGGACCAGCGGCUUGUGGGCUAUGCUGUUGCGGGAGCAAAGUCAAGAGCUCAGUAGUCACUCGCCUCUUGUACAUGACCUUCCUUGUUGGUGUACUGGUUGUCUCUUCAAUCAUGUUAGCACCGUCAGUUCAAACGGGCUUAGCAAACACUGAAGUACUCUGUAAAGGUGUAAACGUGACAGUACCAGUCCUGAACCCGCUGGUACCUGCAAUACCCAUAAACAGCCUUGUCAGAUGUGACCAGUUUGUCGGCUACCUUGCUGUCUACCGUAUAUGCAUGGCCGUGGCCUCAUUCUUCUUUAUACUCAUGCUCAUGAUGAUCUGUGUGUGCAGCAGCAAGGACCCUCGCUCUUACAUACAGAAUGGGUUCUGGCUCAUCAAGUGGCUGGUGGUCAUCGGACUAGUGGUAGGGUUCUUCUUCAUCCCUGAGGGAGCAAAUUUUGUCUUCUCGCAAGUGAGCUUGGGUAUUGGACUGUUUGCGUCUAUCAUCUUCAUUGUGGUUCAAGUCGUCAUCCUCGUGGACUUUGCUCAUAGUUGGGCAGAAAACUGGAUUGAGCGUGCUGAGGAGAAUGACAACAAGGCGUGGUACAUUCUCAUGCUGGUCUUCUCCGUCAUCUUCUACAUUGGUUCUGCUGUUGCCAUUAUCCUACUCUAUGUGUUCUUCACAGAGCUUGCCAGCUGCACAUGGAACAAGGUGUUCAUCAGUGGCACUCUAGUGUUUUCUGUGAUUGUCUCCAUAGUCGCCAUCCUACCGUGGGUGCAGAAAGUUCAGCCCAAGUCUGGCCUCCUGCAAGCCUCAGUGGUGACUGCUUACUGUACGUACCUCACAUGGUCGGCCGUUGCCACAGAGCCCUAUGGUGACCAAGCCGACUGUCAUCUGCACAACAGCACCAUCAAUCUGGCUCUGUACGGGGAACACAGUACUCCUAGUUCCCUGGCAGCCUCCAUUGUAGGCAUAAUUGUACUAUUCAUCAGUGUCGGCUAUAUCUGUUUCAGCUUGUCUAGUCAGAAGCAGCUUCGUAAACUCAAAGGAGGGGCCAAGGAUGACAGCGAGCACUCUCUACUGGGCGUUGGAGAUGAAAAUGUUUACCUACAUGAGGAACCUGAUGAUGAAACAGAGGAUGACGACGAAAAGGAGGGGAAGCUUCGAUUGAGGAGCGUCAACGAUGAGAAGACUCGUGUGACGUACAGCUACUCGUUCUUUCAUUUCUUGAUGAUGCUUGCCGUGCUCUACUUCAUGAUGCAGUUGACCAACUGGGGAGACCCAGGCAAUGCUGACACCGAACAUUUCCAAAACACUUGGGCCUCCACUGGGGUCAAGAUAGCCUCAGCCUGGCUCUGUUUCAUUAUCUACUUGUGGACUCUCAUUGCACCUCUUGUUCUGGGAUCAUGUCGAGAUUUUGACUACGCUGAAGAAUAAAAUGCUGCAACAAUUAAAGUUGCUAACUAUUACUUCCAUAAGAACAAACGUAGCUACUCAUCAAAUCUUUUUGAACAAUAUUAUUAUCUGUGUUGCGUAGGAUCUAUAAUUGCUUUGAACAUUGAA